AUGCAUUUUUUAACUCGUCAACAUAUUCCUGACAAUGUUUUGAAAGUUUUACUUGUCAGAUUGCUCAAAGGGGAGAUUAUUGAACUUAUCGUUGAACAAACGCUGGUGGGACGAGACGGAUGUCUUAUAGUCCUGAAGGGAGUUGGAACGACUCCGAAGAAAUUGGACGUGUUCUGGAGGUUUCUCAAUGAUCAAUUGACAAAAAUACUUGAAAGACUCAGCGGGGAUUCAACUCAGUUGUAUCCCAUCAUAAUGAACGCUUUUUCUUACUUCUCAAAUCAAACAGAAUACAAUGAGCUGAAAUCCUUCCUAAAGGAUCUUCUGGCCGUCAACAGUUCAACCAGUUCCAAUAGGGUAAAUUAUAUUUUGACGACCAUUCGCAUGAAAAUCGAACGGGAGAACGCCAACGAGCGACUCGAUCUUCAAAGUCAGCCAUCAAGUCGAUGUUCAUUCGGACAGUUGCCAAAUAAUUUUCUUUCGUCGUUGAAUCACUGUUGUUACCUACUUGGUUGUCCAGAAAGGCUUUCAACUGCAGUGUUUAAUAUCAUGUCGCUGGACAUAGUAAAACACAUCCUUCCCUACCUGGAUGCGAACUGCAACAUAGAGAACAUUAAAAGGGACCCAGAGGCACUGAUUAAAUCAUUCACGAAACGACAAACGUACAACAACAAAAAAACACAGUGCUAA